AAAAGAGACUCGCGAAAAUAGUAAGAAAAGUGGUCAGUUCAUGCACCUAUAAAAAGUACGCUUUGGAAAGCGGCUGGCAGUUGCGGUUUUCGCCAGAGAGGAGCAGGGUCUCUUUCCUGUGGACCGAAGACAUCGCGUUUGGCUCUUCAGAGACUGCUCUAAGUUCCAGGUUCUGCUUAGGAAGCGUUGAAGCUCAAGUCAACAUGAGACGAGUGUCCGUCUUAAUAUUCCUGACCGCCCUGUUGUGCACCAUCCUUGCCGUACCGGAAACGGACGAGGACGACAAAGGUGUCGAUGGACGCAGACGUUAUCCUGGAAGCGGUAAUCCUGGAGGACGUUAUCCAGGCCAGGUAGGACAGCCGAACAGAGAUCGCUACCCCGGACAAGGAGGAUACCCCGACAGAGACCGUUAUCCUGGACAAGGAGGAUACCCCGACAGAGACCGUUAUCCUGGACAAGGAGGACACCACGACAGGGACCGUUAUCCUGGACAAGGAGGAUACCCCGACAGGGACCGUUAUCCUGGCCAAGGUGGAUAUCCUGGAGGUCAUAGGCCCGUCACUCAUGGACCAUGCCGCUACAGGUGUAGCUUGAAAAACUGCGAUCGCUACCAGUGCCAUUACCGAUGCAUCCGCCGUUCCGACUGCCCGGGAGCGCUCGGUGAACUGGACGGACGCAAGGGAGCCCCGAAGAAGGAAAUCAACGUCUCGAAGCCACUCAAGGAUAAAGUGGACUCUUUCGAAUACGUUCCUCCGAGCUAA